UCAUUUUUGCAUACGACUACCAAGCGCACCUGUUGAUUCCGGAUAACGGUUCUGGUGAUUUAGACUACAUAAUCAAGGACAGAUAACUGGGUCCAAAAAAUAAUUGCGCAUUCGCGGGAAAUUGAACAUGGCAGGUGCUGGAAUGACCCUGAUGCACAAUAGGCUGGACGACUACAAAUGUGAUGCUAAUGAAGUUAUAACAUUCAAGCUAGUUCGCGAUGAGUCAGACUUGGAGAACAAUGAAGGAUUUCAUCCAGACAUGACCCAUCAGAUAUUUGGGGAACAGGAGAACAUAUUUGGCUACAAGGAGCUUGCCAUUCAGCUGUUCUACAGUGCUGCCAAACUGACCACAUAUGUAAAUAUCAAAUACACAGACAAAGUAACUCCAGAAAAAGAUGACGGAUUACAGCCAGAUGAUGUGAUCGGAGCACUGUCAAAGGAGAUGCCACCAGGAUACUACACUAACAUUGAUGAUUUCAGUGCCGCUCUGGCGAAAGAUGCAAAUUUCAAACCCUAUGGUGAACUUCUACAUUCUUACACAGUCGAUAAAGAUGGUAAAGAUAGGCAGUUUGAGAUUUACAAGACUGACAUAGACUGUCCCGGGUUCCGAGAAUAUCAUGAAAGACUCCAGACAUUUAUACUGUACUUCAUUGAUGCUGCAUCAUUCAUAGAUGUUGAUGAUGAAAGAUGGAGCUUUUAUUUACUAUUUGAAAAGUACAAGUGCAAUGGGAAUCCCAUGUAUGCAAUAGCUGGUUAUAUGACAGUGUAUAAUUAUUAUGCCUACCCAUGUAGAACACGGCCAAGAAUAAGUCAGGCUCUGGUAUUACCUCCCUUCCAGAAACAAGGGCAUGGAGCACAGUUACUGCAGACAUUCUACAAUGGUUGCUAUGGCAACUCUGAUAUUUUAGACAUCACAGUGGAAGAUCCGUCAGAAAACUUCCAGAGGUUACGAGACUUUGUUGAUGCAAGAAACUGUAUGAAGUUGAAAAGUUUUCAGCCUGAGAAGUUAUGCGAGGGAUUUGAUGAUGACAUGCAGCAUGAAGCCAGGCUCAAACUGAAGUUGAACCGUAAACAAACUAGAAGGAUAUAUGAAAUACUGCGCUUGAAGGCAACAAGCGAGGCAGAUAAAGAAAAGUUCCGACAGUAUAGACUGGAUAUCAAGAGACGGCUUAAUAUCCCUUUCCAGAAAAAUGGUCGAGACUUUGAAAAGCUACAGAAAGCAUUGAGACCAGAUGAAUUGUCAGCAACAUUAAGCUGUAUGUCCCUGGAACAAAGACAUCAGUAUCUAGAAAAGGCUUUUGAGGAACAAACAGAAGUGUAUAGACAUGUCAUAGAGAGACUUAAUAUGGUUUGAUAUUUACACUGAACAUCGGUGUAAUGUUUCAUCUGAAUCUGAAGAUAUGAUUGUGAGAAGUCAAAUUUGCAGAGAAAAAUUUGAAAUAAUCUGUGAAAAGAGAUCUGCUUCAGAACUUUGGCCAUAAUUGAUUUAUUGAAUGUAUUGUAUAUAGUCAAAUGAAAGUCUGCAGGAAAGACUGGAUUGCAUUUCCAGUUAAAAUAUUCAUGACUUGGAUAUAGUGUUAAUUGUCGAAGAGAAAUAUCAGAAAACUGUCUUACUUUUAAAGACAAAAAAAAUUGUACAAAGGUAUAAGAUACCCUGUAGACCAUUUGAGGUGAAGGGGAAAUGAAAUGAGCCACGCCAUGAGAAAACCAACAUAGUGGGUUUGCGACCAGCAUGGAUCCAGACCAGCCUGCGCAUCCGCGCAGUCUGGUCAGGAUCAAUGCUGUUCGCUGACGGUUUCUCUAAUUGCAAUAGGCUUUGAAAGCAAACAGCAUGGAUCCUCACCAGACUGCACAGAUGCGCAGGCUGGUCUGGAUCCAUGCUGGUCGCAAACCCACUAUUUUGGUUUUCUUAUGGCAUGGGUCAAAUGUUAUUGAUAUUGUUGUAAUCACCUCCUCAGAACUUGAAAAUGCUUAAAUGGCAAAGCUUUGGACUUGAAAGCUUACAUCAUUGGGUAUUUUACAUAGUUGCUUCAGUUAACACUUUAAAAUUUUUGUAUGCUUUCCUCUGCCUGUGCAGUGUUUGUUUCAGCAGUUUAUUACACUGACAUCUUUGUUAGUCAGAGAAAAAAAUUGCAGAAAAAGUGCUGUCCGAGGUAUUGGUAAACUUGGCUUGAAAGGCUGUUUUGCUUGAACAGUGUAACAAAUUGGAUUUAUGAUUAUCAUCCCUAGCUUUGAAUCCUUCCGGCAGGGAAAAACAAGGUGUAUAUAAAAGAAUAACAUUUGGCUCUUGCAUCUUGCAACAUCUUACUUGAUACAAAAUAUUCUGCAUUACAAGAAUUUAAGUACAAACUUCUUAUUUUCAUUUAGUGUCAAGAACAAAAUGAAAGGCAUGCUUUGUGUGAUUUUAUGAGUACAAGUAUUCAACAGUUAAUGUGAAAAAUACAUACAAAAUGUCAUCUCUGAAGACUUCCGCAUGACAUUGUGCUAAUAUAAGACAGAGUGCUAUUUUUAUUGAUAUUUUUUUUCAUUCUUGAAACCAAUCAUGUGUUCAUUUUUAGCUCGACUAUUCGAAGAAUAAGUAGAGCUAUCCUACUCACCACGGCGUCGGCGUUGGCGUCACACCCUGGUUAAGUUUUUCGUACCAGUCCACAUUUUGACAAAGUCUUUUGAGAUAAAGCUUUGAAACUUUCAACACUUGUUUACCAUCACCAUGUCCAGUUAUAGGCAAGAGUACAUAACUCUGUCAAGCAUUUUGACUGAAUUAUGGCCCCUUUUGACUUAGAAAUCUUGGUUAAGUUUUUCGUAUCAGUUCAUAUUUUGACUAAGUCUUUUGAGAUAAAGCUUUGAAACUUUCAACACUUGUUUACCAUCACCAUGUCCAGUUAUAGGCAAGAGUACAGAACUCUGUCAAGCAUUUUGACUGAAUUAUGGCCCUUUUGACUUAGAAAUGUUGGUUAAGUUUUUCGUACCAGUUCAUAUUUUGACAAAGUCUUUUGAGAUUAAGCUUUGAAACUUUCAACACUUGUUUACCAUCACCAUGUCCUGUUGUAGGCAAGAGUACAUAACUCCAUCAAGCAUUUUGGUUGAAUUAUGGCCCCUUUUUGACUUAGAAAUCUUGGUUAAGUUUUUCGUACCAGUCCACAUUUUGACAAAGUCUUUUGAGAUAAAGCUUUGAAACUUUCAACACUUGUUUACCAUCACAAUAUCCAGUUGUAGGCAAGAGUACAUAACUCCAUCAAGCAUUUUGACUGAAUUAUGGCCCCUUUUGACUUAGAAAUCUUGGUUAAGUUUUUCGUACCAGUUUAUAUUUUGUAUAAAGUGUUUGACAUAUGGCUUUGAAACUUUUAUAUCUAUUUCAGUAUAAUAGUCUCUAUCAAUAGGCAAGAGUAUGUAACUCUCUCGUCUUUUUUGGCUGAAUUAUGGCCCUUUUUGAACUUGGAAACUGGUUCUGUUUUGUAUAUAUGUCCAUGUUUUGUCAAGACUAUUUGACAUAUGUCUUUUAAACUUUAAACACUUGUUUAUCAUUAUGAUUUCCAUCUCUAGGCAAGAGUACAUAACUCUGACAACUAUUUUGACUGAAUUAUGGCCCUUUUUGGACUUUCAAAUUUGUUCAGUUUUUUUUACAAUGAAUGAGUUGGGUUUUACGGCGAAUCGACACAAAAAGGUCAUAUAUCGCCGAGUUUUUUUACAAGUCAGCAUUUUGUCAAAACUAUUUGAACUGUGGCUUUGAAACUUUUAACACUAGUUUAUCAACAUGAUUUCCAUCUGUAGGCAAGAAGACAUAACUCUGUCAACUAUUUUGACUGAAUUAUGGCCCUUUUUGGACUUGGAAAUUAGUUAAAUUUUUCAUAUAAAUCCAUGUUUUGCCUAACAUAUAACUUAACAUAUUUGCCAUCAUGGUCACACAUUGCCAUUUAGUGCAAGACUAAUCGAAAUCCACAAAUAAAGGAACAUUUUUUGUUUAAUCCAUUUUUUUGUUUAGUCUGAAAAUCUAUGGAAAUAUUUUGACCCCAUUCUUCAAUCAAUUCUUCGAAUAGUCGAGCGCGCUGUCAUCCGACAGCUCUUGUUUAGCUCACCUGUCACAAAGUGACAAGGUGAGCUUUUGUGAUCGUGCGGUGUCCGUCGUCCGUCCGUGCGUCCGUAAACUUUUGCUUGUGACCACUCUAGAGGUCACAUUUUUCAUGGGAUCUUUAUGAAAGUUGGUCAGAAUGUUCAUCUUGAUGAUAUCUAGGUCAAGUUCGAAACUGGGUCACGUGCCGUCAAAAUCUAGGUCAGUAGGUCUAAAAAUAGAAAAACCUUGUGACUUCUCUAGAGGCCAUAUAUUUCACAAGAUCUUCAUGAAAAUUGGUCAGAAUGUUCACCUUGAUGAUAUCUAGGUCAAGUUCGAAACUGGGUCACGUGGGGUCAAAAACUAGGUCAGUCGGUCUAAAAAUAGGAAAACCUUGUGACCUCUCUAGAGGCCAUUUUUCUCAAUGGAUCUUCAUGAAAAUUGGUCAGAAUGUUCAUCUUGAUGAUAUCUAGGUCAAGAUCGAAACUGGGUCACGUGGGGUUAAAAACUAGGUCAGUAGAUCUAAAAAUAGUAAAACCUUGUGACCUCUCUAGAGGCCAUAUUUUUCAAUGGAUCUUCAUGAAAAUUGGUCAGAAUUUUUUAUCUUGAUGAUAUCUAGGUCACAUGUGCUCAAAAACUAGGUCACUAUGUCAAAUAAUAGAAAUAACGACAUCAUACUCAGUUGAACACUGGGUCAUGUGGGGAUAGGUGAGCGAUUCAGGACCAUCAUGGUCCUCUUGUUUCUAUCAUGCCAUUAUUUAUGUGAAUGAAGAAUAAAUGUUUUUUUCUAUAA